CGGCAGUCAGUGGUGGCUUCCAGAGUCUGAGCAGGCUCCUUCACAGCUAUGGCUGAAGGCGGAGAAGGUGAAGACGAAAUCCAGUUCUUGAGAACUGAUGAUGAGGUGGUGCUCCAGUGUGUGGCCACCAUCCAGAAGGAGCAUCGCAAGUUUUGCCUGGCUGCCGAGGGACUGGGAAACCGUGUGUGUUAUCUGGAAUCCACUUCAGAAGCUAAGUAUGUUCCUCCAGACCUGUGUGUGUGUAACUUUGUGUUGGAGCAGUCCCUGUCGGUGCGGGCUCUGCAGGAGAUGCUGGCUAAGACUGGGUCGAACAGUGAAGGGGCGGGUCAGGGGGGUGGACACCGGACCUUGCUCUACGGUCAUGCCAUCCUACUUCGCCACUCCUUCAGUGAUAUGUACCUGACCUGUUUGAAAACAUCGAGGUCUCUGACAGACAAGCUGUCAUUUGAUGUCGGCUUACAAGAAGAUUCGAUAGGAGAGGCCUGCUGGUGGACCAUCCACCCUGCGUCCAAGCAGAGAUCCGAGGGAGAGAAGGUCCGCAUCGGAGACGACCUGAUCCUAGUCAGCGUGUCCACAGAGAGAUACCUGCACCUCUCUAACGCCAAUGGACACGCCCAGGUGGACGCGUCCUUCAUGCAGACCCUGUGGAACGUCCAGCCCACCUGCUCUUCAGGCAACGUGGCUGUAGGUUAUUUGACUGGUGGACAUGUGAUGCGUCUUUGUCAUGGGCAUGAUGAGAGCCUGUCCAUCCCUGGAGCAAACAAGAGUGAGGAGGAGCAGAGGAUAGUCAACUAUGAAGCGGGGAAGGGAGCGUCAAGAGCUCGCUCUCUUUGGAGACUGGAGCCUCUCAGGAUCAGCUGGAGCGGCAGCCACAUCCGCUUCGGUCAGGCCUUCAGGCUCCGCCACCUCGCGACCGGUCAUUACCUGGCCAUGACGGAGGACCCCGGACUGGUCCUGCAGGACAGGGAGAGGUCCGACACCACGGCCACUUCCUUCUGCUUCAGGCCCUCCAAGGAAAAAGGCGAGGUGGGCCCAAAGAGAGACAUCGAUGGCAUGGGGGUGCCGGAGAUCAAGUACGGAGACUCUAUGUGCUUCGUCAUGCACGUAGCGACGGGACUGUGGCUGUCCUACCUGGCGCCUGAUGCCAAAUCAUCUCGUCUGGGACCCCUGAAAAGAAGGGCCUGCCUGCACUCUGAGGGCCACAUGGACGACGGGCUCAUUCUGCAGCGCUGUCAGCAUGAGGAGUCUCGCGCUGCUCGCAUCAUCCGCAACAGCACAUUCCUCUUCGCCAACUUUAUCAAGGCUUUGGACAGCAUUGCGGAGGGCGAGUCCAAGGCGGUUGCGGGAUAUGUUGAAGAGGUGCUGCAGACGCUCAACGACCUGAUCGAGUAUUUCAAACAGCCCGAUUCAGAGCUGGAGCACGAGGAGAAGCAGUGUCUCCUCCGUUCACUCAUCAAACGCCAAGACCUCUUCAAAGAUGAGGGCAUGCUGUCCCUCCUGUCUAAAUGCAUUGACCGGAUGAACCUGUACAACAGCGCUGCCCACUUUGCAGAGGUGGCUGGGGAGAAGGCCGGCACAGCGUGGAAGGACAUCCUCAACCUCCUCUAUGAACUCCUGGCCGCACUGAUCCGUGGGAACAGGAACAACUGCACCCAAUUUUCCCGCAACUUGGACUGGUUGGUCAGCAAACUGGAGAGACUGGAAUCUUCAUCAGGGAUCCUGGAAGUCCUCCACUGUAUCCUGGUGGAAAGUCCGGAGGCUCUGAACAUCAUUCAGAGAGGUCACAUUCAAUCCAUAAUCUCUCUGCUUUACAAGAAUGGACGCAACUACAAGAUUCUGGAUGUCCUCUGUUCCCUCUGUGUUUGUAACGGGGUUGCAGUGAGAGCCAAUCAGAAUCUGAUCUGUGACAACCUGCUUCCCAAGAGAGACCUGCUGCUUCAAACUCGACUCGUCAAUGAUGUUCAGAGUAUGAGGCCGAACAUCUUCCUGGGUGUGGCUGAAGGUUCAGCUCAGUAUAAGAAGUGGUAUUUUGAGCUGGUGAUCGACCAGGUGGACCACUUUGUAACCGGAGAGCCGACCCACCUGAGAGUGGGCUGGGCCAACACUAAAGGCUACGCUCCGUACCCCGGGGGAGGAGAGGGGUGGGGCGGCAACGGUGCUGGAGACGACCUGUACUCCUACAGCUUUGAUGGACUUCAUCUCUGGUCAGGCCGAAUCCCCAGGGCCGUGGCCUCCAUUAACCAGCACCUGCUGAACUCAGACGACGUGGUGAGCUGCUGUCUGGAUCUGGGCGCUCCCAGCAUGUCCUUCAGGAUCAACGGGCAGCCUGUCCAGGGCAUGUUCGAAGACUUCAACACCGACGGCUUCUUCUUCCCCGUCGUCAGCUUCUCUGCAGGUGUCAAGGUCCGUUUCCUGUUGGGUGGACGUCACGGAGAUUUCAAGUUCCUGCCGCCCGCUGGUUACUCCCCCUGCUACGAGGCGCUGCUGCCCAAAGAGAAGAUGCAUGUGGAGCCUGUGAAGGACUACAAGAGGGACCAUGACGGGGUCCGUGACCUGCUGGGGACCACCAAGUUCCUCUCUCAGGCCUCCUUCAUCCCCACUCCUGUUGACACCAGCCAGAUUGUUCUUCCCCCUCACCUGGACAACGUCCGGGACAAGCUGGCAGAAAACAUCCACGAGCUGUGGGGGAUGAACAAGAUCGAACUGGGCUGGACCUAUGGCAAGGUCCGUGAUGACAACAAGAGGCAGCACCCAUGCCUUGUUGAUUUUGGAAAGCUGCCUGAAACUGAAAGGAACUACAACGUGCAGAUGUCUAGUGAAACACUUAAGACCCUGUUGGCUCUUGGCUGCCAUGUUGCUCAGGCUUUUGCGAAUGCUGAGGACGAUCUGAAGAAAGUCAAACUUCCCAAAGACUACAUGAUGUCUAAUGGAUAUAAGCCUGCGCCACAGGACCUCUCUGACGUGAAACUGAAUGCAGGUCAGGAGGUUCUGGUUGAUAAACUGGCCGAGAAUGCACACAACGUGUGGGCCAAAGACAGAAUUAAACAAGGAUGGACCUAUGGCAUCCAGCAGGAUUUAAAGAGCAGGCGCAAUCCUCGCCUGGUGCCGUACGCUUUACUGGACGAGCGCACGAAGAAAUCUAACAGAGACAGCUUGAGAGAGGCUAUCAGGACUAUGGUUGGAUAUGGAUAUGACAUCGACCCCCCAGACCAGGAGGCUCUCCACACGCUGGAUGAUCAGAACAUCGAGACCAUCCGCUUCUUCCGUGUGGAGCAGACGUACGCCUUGAAGACGGGGAAGUGGUACUUUGAGUUUGAGGCGCUGAGUGGAGGAGACAUGAGGGUGGGCUGGGCCAGACCCGGCUGCAGGCCCGAUGUGGAGCUGGGGACGGACAACCAGGCCUUCGUGUUCGAUGGAUACAGGGGUCGUCGAAUGCACGCAGGAAGCCGCUACUUUGGACAACCUUGGAAAAUGGGCGACGUGGUCGGUUGCAUGAUCAACAUGGAGGACAAAUCCAUGAUUUUCACCCUGAACGGAGAGCUCCUGAUCACCAGCAAGGGCUCUGAGCUCUGCUUCACCGACUUUGAGACGGAGGACGGUUUCAUCCCUGUGUGCAGUAUGGGCAUCGGACAGGUGGGACACAUGAACCUGGGAAAGGACGCCAGUACUUUCAAGUACUACACCAUGUGUGGACUCCAGGAGGGCUUCGAGCCCUUUGGUGUGAACAUGAACAGAGCCAUCACCAUGUGGUUCAGCAAGCGCCUUCCUACCUUUGUCAACAUACCCAAAGAACACCAGCAUAUCAAGGUGACGAGGAUCGACGGGACAGUAGACAACCCUCCCUGCCUCAAGGUCACCCACAAGACGUUCGGCACGCAGAACAGCAACAGUGACAUGACCUACUGCAGACUGAGCAUGCCUGUGGACUUCUACUCUGCAGACAAGAUACUGGACGAGUCUCUGAAACUCAGCCAUCUUCCAAAAGAAGAUGGAACUGUUGACUUUGGAAACAACACAACUUACUACCACUCAGUGAGAGUGUUUGCCGGACAGGACCCCGCCUCAAUUUGGGUGGGCUGGGUCACACCGGACUAUCAUUUCUAUAGCAAAGACUUCAGCCUCAACAAGAUGCGGAGAGUCACCGUCACCCUGGGAGACGAGAGAGGGCGGGUACAUGAGAGUGUGCAGAGGAGUAACUGCUACAUCGUGUGUGGAGCGGACGCCAUCGACCCGUCCUCCUCCAGCCGCUCCAACUCUGACCUGGAGAUCGGCUGUCAGAUCGACCUGGCCACUGGCCUCGUCUCCUUCACUGCCAACGGCAAGGAGCUGUCCACAUCAUAUCAGGUGGAGCCAAAUACUAAGCUGUUCCCAGCUGUGUUCGUACGCCCCACCAGUGCAAACCUCUUCCAGUUUGAAUUUGUCAAGAUCAAGGAUGCAAUGCCGCUCUCGUCUGCCAUAUUUAAGAGCGAGAGCAGGAACCCGGUGCCGCAGUGCCCGCCGCGCAUGGAUGUGCAGACCAUCGUGUCCGUGCUGUGGAGCCGCAUGCCGAACACCUUCCUCAGGGUGGAGGUGGCUCGGGUCAGCGAGAGGCACGGCUGGGUGGUGCAGUGUCUGGAGCCGCUGGAGAUGUUGGCCGUACAUAUUCCUGAGGAGAACAGGUGUUUGGACAUCCUGGAGUUAUCUGAGCUUGAAGGCCUGAGAAAGUUCCACUACCACACUCUGAAGCUGUACAGUGCCCUCUGUGCGCUGGGAAACACGCGCGUUGCUCACGCCCUCUGCAGCCACUUGGACCAAUCACAGCUGCUCUACACCAUCGACAACCAGUACCUGUCUGGCAUGCUGAGGGAGGGCUUCUACAAUGUCCUCAUCAGCAUCCAUCUUGAAACGGCAAAGGAGGCUCGCCUAAUGAUGAACAACGAGUUCAUCAUCCCUGUGACCGCGGAGACUCGCUCCAUCAAACUGUUCCCUGACGAGUCCAAGCGGCACUCGCUGCCUGGCGUGGACCUGAGCACCUCUCUCAAACCUCGAGUUAACUUCUCGCCCGUCGGCAUCAUCAACACGAGGCGGCAGCAGUACCUGUACAGCCCGGAGAUCCCUCUGGGCAGCCUGAAGGAAAAGGCCAUCAGCAUGCUCACCGAGGCCGUGCAGGGCGGAGGAACGCACAUCCGAGACCCGGUGGGCGGCAGCGUGGAGUACCAGUUCGUCCCCAUCCUGAAGCUGACAGGAACGCUGUUAACCAUGGGAGUCCUGACCAGCGAGGAGGUGAGGAUAAUUCUCCUCCUGAUCGCUCCCAACGUGUUCGGAGAGGCCAAGGAGGGCGAGGACGCCAAGGGGGACCAGGUGGCCGUGGCGGGGGAGAAAGAGGAAGUGAGCAAGAACGAGGAGAAGGCUGUGGAGGCGGGAGAGGACGAGACUAAAGACAGCAAACCGCUCAUCAAAGGUCUGCUGGCAAAGUCCCUGCCCGAGCCCGUCAAACGCCAGAUGUGCGAGCUGCUGCACUACUUCUGUGACUGUGAGCUGAAGCACCGCAUCGAGUCCAUCGUGUCCUUCUCAGACGACUUCGUGUCCAAGCUGCAGUACAACCAGAAGUUCCGCUACAACGAGCUGAUGCUGGCGUUUGAAAUGUCCGCCGCCGUCACUGCCAAGAAGACCAAAGAGUUUCGUUCACCCCCACAUGAGCAGAUCAAUAUCCUGCUGAAUUUCAGUGCAGGGGAGGACUGCCCCUGUCCGGAGGAGAUCCAGGAAGAACUCAACAUCUUCCAUGAAGAAUUGCGACUGCACUGUGGAAUUCCCAUAGAGGAGGAAGAGGAAGAGCAGGACACUUCGAUAAAAGGCCGUCUGCUCGCUUUGCUCUACAAGAUCAAAGGUCCGCCCCAGAAACCUGAGGCAGAACCCACUGAGCAGGAACAGGCCGCUCCCACCAACCUGAAGGAGCUGAUCUCUCAGACCAUAACCAGCUGGGCUCAGGAGUCUCACAUCCAGGAUCCAGAGCUGGUCCGAGUGAUGUUCAGCCUGCUCAGGAGGCAGUACGACGGCAUCGGGGAGCUGCUCCGGACCAUGAGGAAGUCCUACACCAUCAGUGCCGCCUCCGUGCAGGAUGCUAUCAACCUGUUGGUGUCUCUGGGUCAAAUCAGGUCUCUGCUGUCAGUACGCAUGGGCAAAGAAGAGGAGAAACUCAUGAUUGAUGGACUUGGUGACAUCAUGAACAACAAAGUUUUCUACCAACAUCCCAACCUGAUGAGAGUGCUGGGCAUGCACGAGACCGUCAUGGAGGUCAUGGUCAACGUGCUGGGAGGAGACAAGUUGCAGGAGAUCGCCUUUCCCAAGAUGGUGGCCAGCUGUUGUCGCUUCUUGUGCUACUUCUGUCGUAUUAGCCGGCAGAACCAGAAAGCCAUGUUUGACCACCUGGGCUACCUGCUGGAGAACAGCAGCGUGGGGCUGGCUUCUGAAGCCAUGCGGGGCUCCACUCCACUGGAUGUAGCAGCUUCUUCAGUGAUGGACAACAACGGCCUGGCUCUGGCCCUGGAGGAGCCGGAUCUGGAGAAGGUGGUGACAUACCUGGCAGCCUGUGGUCUUCAGAGUUGUGCCAUGCUUCUUGCUAAGGGUUACCCAGACCUCGGCUGGAACCCUAUAGAGGGAGAGCGCUUCCUGUCCUUCCUGAGGUUCGUCGUCUUCUGCAAUGGUGAGAGUGUGGAGGAGAAUGCUAACGUGGUGGUGAAGCUGCUGAUCAGACGUCCCGAGUGUUUCGGCCCCGCCCUCAGGGGAGAGGGAGGUCAGGGUUUGCUCGCCGCCAUGCAGGAGGCCAUCAAGAUUUCCGAUAAUCCCGCCCUCGACCUGCCCGAGAGCGCCGCCGGCGUCAAUAAUGGUUCUGGUGAGGAAGAAGGAGAAGUUAUUCACAUGGGCAACGCCAUCAUGUCCUUCUACUCGGCUCUUAUUGACCUGCUGGGACGCUGCGCUCCAGAGAUGCAUCUUAUCAAUGCAGGUAAAGGUGAGGCGCUGCGUAUCCGAGCCAUCCUGCAGUCCCUGGUUCCAACGACAGACCUGGUGGGGAUCAUCAGCAUCCCGCUCAACAUGCCUGUGCUUAAUAAAGAUGGCACGGUAAUGACAGAACCCGACAUGUCGGCCUGUUUCUGUCCGGACCACAAGGCCCCCAUGGUGCUCUUCCUGGAGAGAGUGUACGGCAUCGAGGACCAGAGCUUCCUGCUCCAGAUGUUGGAGGUCGGCUUCCUGCCUGACCUCCAAGCCUCUGCGUCUCUGGACACGGAGCUGUUGAGCACCACGGAGACGGCGUUGGCCAUGAACCGGUACAUCGGCUCGGCCCUGCUGCCUCUGCUCACCCGCUGCGCCGCUCUGUUCAGCAGCACGGAGCACUACGCUCAGCUGAUCGACUCCACGCUGCAGACCAUCUACCGGCUGUCCAAAGGACGCUCGCUCACCAAAGCCCAAAGGGACGCCAUCGAGGAGUGUCUGCUGGCUAUCUGCAUGCACCUACGUCCCUCCAUGAUGCAGCAGCUGCUCAGACGGCUGGUGUUCGAUGUUCCCAUGCUCAGUGAAUACUGCCAGAUACCUCUCCGGCUUCUGACCAACCACUACGAGCAGAACUGGAAGUACUACUGCCUUCCUUCUGGGAUGAUCAACUGUGGCGUUUCCUCCGAGGAAGAGCUCCUUCUAACCAAGAAACUCUUCUGGGGAAUCUUUGACUCCCUUUCUCAGAAGAAAUAUGAUGCUGACCUUUUCAAGAUAGCCACAUUAUGCCUGUGUGCCAUCGCUGGAGCCUUACCGCCUGACUUUGUGGAUACUAGUUUUGGAGCAACACUGGAGAAACAGGCACCAGUGGAUGCAAAGGGCAACUUUGAUCCCAAACCCAUCAACACUGCCAAUAUUUCCCUUCCUGAAAAACUUGAGUCCAUUGCCAACAAAUAUGCAGAGCAUUCCCAUGACAAAUGGUCCUCAGAUAAGGUGUCAGCAGGCUGGAAACAAGGAGACAGUCUGGACGAUCAGGCUAAAACUCAUCCACUGCUGAAGCCUUACAAAGCGCUGAGUGAGAAGGAGAGAGAAACGUACCGCUGGCCAGUGAAGGAGUCUCUGAAGAGCAUGCUGGCUAUGGGCUGGAACAUCGAGCGGUCCAAGGAAGGAGAGUCCGUGAUCCAACAACGAGAGAGUGAAAAACGAAAGACCCCCGACUCUCAGAAUGAUGGAUUCAGUCCUGCUCCAAUGGAUUUGAACAAUGUCACUUUGUCAAGAGAGCUACAGGGCAUGGUGGAGGUGGUUGCAGAAAACUACCACAACAUCUGGUCCAAGAAGAAGAAAUCUGAACUUGUUAGCAAAGGAGGAGGGAGCCACCCGCUGCUGGUUCCCUAUGACACCCUGACUGCUAAAGAGAAGUACAGAGACAGAGAGAAGGCCCAGGAGCUCUUCAAGUUCCUGCAGAUCAGCGGCUAUGCCAUCAUGAGAGAUCAGAAGGACGUGGGUCAGGACUCAUCAUCCAUGGAGAAGCGUUUUACAUACAAGCUCCUCAAAACGCUGCUGAAGUACGUCGACUCUGCCCAGGAGUUCAUCGCUCAUCUGGAGGCCAUGGCCACCAGUGGGAAGACGGACAAAUCGCCUCAUGACCAGGAAAUCAAGUUCUUUGCCAAGGUGUUGCUUCCUCUGAUAGAUCAAACUUUCAAGAACCACUGUCUCUACUUCCUGUCCACGGCCAGCAACAACCUGAGCAGCUGCGGCUGUGCCUCCAACAAAGAGAAGGAGAUGCUCACCAGCCUGUUCUGUAAGCUGGCACUUCUUGUCAGACACAGGAUUUCUCUCUUUGGAAGUGACUCUGCAAUGAUGGUGAGCUGUCUGCACAUCCUCUCUCAAACAGUCGACACCAGAACGGUGAUGAAGUCCGGCUCAGAGUUGGUCAAAGCCAGCUUCAAGACUUUCUUUGAGAACGCGGCGGAGGACCUGGAGAAGCUGGUGGAGAUGCUCAAGCUGGGGAAGUUCAUGCAGUCCCGGGCUCAGUUGAAGAGCGUCACGCAGAGCAUCAACUACGUGACUGUGGCGCUGCUGCCCAUCCUCACCGCCCUGUUCGAGCACAUCACCACUUACGAGUUUGGAGUGGAUCUGCUCUUGAAUGAUGUGCAGCUGUCCUGUUACCGGAUCUUGGCCAGUUUCUACUGUCUGGGAACGGGAAAGAGCGUCUUUGUGGAGAAGCAUCUUCCUGCGCUGGGGGAGAGUCUGGCGACACUGGUGGCCGCGAUGCCUGUGGCGUUCCUGGAGCCUCAACUCAACGCUCACAACCCAAUGUCUGUGUUCAACACCAAGACCCCCCGAGAGAGAGCCAUCCUGAGUAUGCCGGACACGGUGAUGGAGAUGUGUCCGGAGAUGCCUCGCCUUGAAGGACUGCUGAAAGACGUCAGCGAUGUCUCAGAGUCCGGUGCUCGCUACUCCGACAUGCCACAGGUCAUUGAGGUGAUCCUUCCCAUGCUGUGUAACUAUCUGUCAUACUGGUGGGAGAAGGGUCCGGAAAACUCCUCUUCAGAUGCCCAGUGCUGCACUAUGGUGACCUCUGAACACCUCAGCAUCAUCCUGGCAAACAUCCUCAAGAUCCUCAACAACAACCUGGGUAUCGAUGACGCCCCCUGGAUGAAGAGGAUUGCAGUCUACUCUCAGCCAAUCAUCUGCAAGGCGGGAGCUCAUCUGCUGAGAACCCACUUCCUGCCCACCUUGGAGAAAUUGAGGAACAAGACGGUGAAGGUUGUGGGUGAAGAGGAGCUGCUGAAGGCCGACAGUAAAGGUGACACCCAGGAGGCCGAGCUGCUCAUCCUGGAUGAGUUUGCCGUGCUCUGCAGAGACCUCUACGCCUUCUACCCCAUGCUCAUCCGUUACGUGGACAACAACAGGUCCAGGUGGCUGAAGGAGCCGGAUGCAGACUCCACUGAGCUCUUCAGGAUGGUGGCUGAGAUCUUCAUCCUCUGGUGCAAGUCCCAUAACUUCAAACGUGAGGAGCAAAACUUUGUGGUUCAGAAUGAGAUCAACAAUCUGGGCUUCCUGACUGGAGAGGGCAAGGCGAAGAUGUCCAAGUCAGGAGGCGACCAGGAGAGGAAACACAAGCGGCGCCGCGGCGAGUAUUACUCCGUCCAGACGUCGCUGAUCGUCGCGGCCCUGAAGAAGCUGCUGCCCAUCGGCCUCAACAUGUGCACGCCCGGAGACCAGGAGCUCAUCUCCCUCGCCAAGAUACGCUACAGUCUGAAAGAAACAGAUGACGAGGUGAAGGAACACUUGCGCCUGAAUUUCCAUCUCCAGGACAAGUGUGAAGACCCGGCGGUCCAGUGGCAGAUGAACCUGUACAAAGACGUGGUGGUGAAGAGCGAGGAACCCGCUAACUUAGAACACACCGUGGACCGAGUGCAGAGCAUCUCAGCUGCUGUCUUCCACCUGGAGCAGGUGGAGCAGCCUCUGAGGAAUAAGAAGCUUGUGUACCAUAAGCUGUUGUCUAAACAGCGUAAGCGUGCUGUGGUGGCCUGUUUCCGGAUGGCUCCUCUCUACAAUCUACCUAGGCAUCGCGCUAUCAACUUCUUCAUCCCGGCCUAUCAGAGACUUUGGAUAGAGGCAGAGGAAUACUCCUUUGAGGAGAAGCUAGUUCAGGAUCUGGCAAAAACCCCGAUGAAAAUUGUGGAGGAAGAGGAAGAGGAGGUGGCUGAGGUCCAACCAGACCCUCUCCACCAACUCAUCCUCCACUUCAGCCACAACGCUCUGACAGAGAGAAGUUACUUGGAAGAAGACCCUUUGUAUAUAGCGUAUGCAGACAUGAUGGCGAAGAGCUGUGCAGAGGAUGAUGAGGAGGAAGAAGAAGAGGAAGUAGAAGGGAAAGAAAAGACUUUUGAGGAAAAAGAGAUGGAAAAGCAGAAGAUCCUGUAUCAGCAGAUGAGGCUGCACGCCCGCGGGGCCGCAGAGAUGGUGCUGCAGAUGAUCAGCGCCAGUAAAGGUCGUUUGGGCCCCAUGGUGACCUGCACCCUCAAACUGGGAAUAUCCAUCUUAAAUGGCGGCAAUGUGCAAGUGCAGCAGAAAAUGCUGGAUUACCUGAAAGAGAAAAGAGAUGCAGGCUUUUUCAAGGGCCUCUCAGGACUGAUGCAGUCUUGCAGUGUCUUGGACUUGAAUGCAUUUGAGAGGCAGAACAAAGCAGAAGGACUUGGCAUGGUGUCAGAAGAAGGUUCAAUCAACAAUCAGCAGGGUUCCAAAGUGCUACAAAAUGAUGAGUUUACUAAAGAUCUGUUCCGGUUUUUGCAACUUCUUUGUGAGGGCCACAAUGGAGAUUUCCAGAAUUUCCUGAGAACACAAACUGGAAACACAACCACGGUCAACAUCAUCAUCAGCACCGUUGACUAUCUGCUCCGUCUUCAGGAAUCGAUCAGUGACUUCUACUGGUACUACUCUGGCAAAGAUGUCAUGGAUGAGACUGGAAGACUAAACUUCUCCAAAGCUUUAUCUGUUGCCAAACAGAUAUUCAACUCACUGACUGAGUACAUUCAGGGCCCGUGUAUUGGGAACCAGCAGAGUUUAGCUCACAGCAGAUUGUGGGACGCAGUUGUGGGCUUCUUGCAUGUUUUUGCCAACAUGCAAAUGAAGCUUUCUCAGGACGCCAGUCAGAUUGAGCUGUUGAAGGAGCUGAUGGAUUUACAGAAGGAUAUGGUGGUCAUGUUGCUGUCUCUGCUAGAGGGUAACGUGGUGAAUGGAAUGAUUGGAAAGCAGAUGGUGGACACCCUGGUGGAGUCUUCCAGUAACGUGGAGAUGAUCCUCAAGUUCUUCGACAUGUUCCUCAAACUGAAGGACCUGACGUCCUCUGACACCUUCAAAGAGAACGACCCUGAGUUUAAGGGCAUUAUUUCAAAGAAGGAGUUCCAGAAGUCAAUGGAGUCUCAGAUGCAGUACAGCCAGACGGAGAUUGAGUUCCUGCUCUCGUGCGCGGAGGCCGACGAGAAUGACAUGUUCAACUACAUUGACUUUGUGGAGCGUUUCCACGAGCCGGCCAAAGAUAUCGGCUUCAACGUGGCGGUGCUGCUGACCAACCUGUCGGAACACAUGCCGCACGACUCCAGACUCGCCACCUUCUUAGACCUGGCGGGGAGCGUACUCAGCUACUUCGAGCCCUAUCUGGGUCGUAUUGAAAUCAUGGGUAGCGCAAAGCGGAUCGAGAGGGUUUACUUCGAGAUCAGCGAGUCGAGCCGCGAGCAGUGGGAGAAGCCGCAGGUCAAAGAGUCCAAGCGCCAGUUCAUCUUUGACGUGGUCAACGAGGGCACGGAGAGCGAGAAGAUGGAGAUGUUUGUCAAUUUCUGUGAGGACACCAUUUUUGAGAUGCAGCUGGCCUCGCAGAUCUCCGAGCCGGAUGUGGUGGAACAACCGGAGGAGGAGGAAGAGGACGAUGCACACAGCCUCCUGGACGAGCUGGGUGGAGAGGAAGAGGGCGCCCUGGAGUCUGCCUCAGCCUUCACCACCGCAUGCCGCUCGGUCAAGAGGAAGAUCUCCAACGUACGUCAAACAUUAUCCGUUAAAAACUUCUCCAAGCAGUUCAAGAAAAUCAAGAAGCUGAGCAUCAAGGAGAUCAUCACCAGCUUCUUCUCCUUCUUCUGGAUGCUCUUCACCGGCUUCUUCAAGGGAAUCUACGGACUCAUCUUCGGGUUCUUCCACGUCAUCUGGUCCUCCAUGUUUGGCGGUGGCCUGGUUGAGGGGGCUAAGAACAUAAAGGUGACGGACAUCCUCGGGAACAUGCCCGACCCAACCCAGUUUGGUAUACACGGAGAUGCGAUUGAAGGAGAGAAAGUGGAGGCCAUAGAGUCGUCGGGAGGUUUAGAGACGGCCAUGGCACCUGCAGGAGACACAACAGAAAUGGACAGCAUGCUGGAGAUGCUGUCCGCUCCCAAGAAGGAAGGAGGGAAACAUGUGGAGCUCGGCCUGGGUGACUUUUCUGAGCUGAGCGCAGAGAUCUCCACUUCUGAACACAAGAAGAAAGCUGCUGCUAAGCCUGUUGAAGCCCCCGAGAACGAACCGGAGAAAGCAGACUCAGAGAACCAGGAGAAGGAGGACAAGCCAAAGAAGGAGGAGGUGGAGGUGAAGGAGCCGGUGGCGGAGGAGAAGCCCAAAGCCAAAGCGAGUCCCCCCAAAGACGCGUCUCCGUCCUUCAUGCUGAGCAUCUUCGCUUUUCUGAAAAUCUUCAUCACCAAGAUGCUGAACUUGCUGGCUCGUAACUUCUACAACGUGCGUUUCCUGGCUCUGUUUGUGUGUUUCGCCAUCAACUUCAUUCUUCUCUUCUACAAGGUCACUGGUGAAGCUGAGGUAGAUGAGGAGGACACCUGGGACGGCGAUGAAGAUAAUGAUGAGGAGAACACAUUUUUCGACAUGGAUGAGUUUGUCCUGCAGGAGAGCUCCGGCUACAUGUUACCCACGCUGCGCUUCCUCGCUGUUUUCCACACCGUCAUCUCACUCGUCUGUCUCUUCGGGUACUGCUUCCUCAAGGUUCCUCUGGUGGUGUUCAAGAGGGAGAAGGAGAUUGCGAGGAAGCUUGAAUUCGACGGUCUCUACAUCACCGAGCAGCCGUCUGACGAGGACAUCAAGGGCCAGUGGGAUCGACUCGUCAUCAACACCCCGUCUUUCCCCAGCAACUACUGGGACAAGUUCAUCAAGCGCAAGGUGAUCAAUAAAUAUGGAGACAUGUACGGAGCCGAGCGCAUCGCUGAGCUGUUGGGCCUGGAUAAGAGCGCUCUGGACUUUGACCCCACUGUGGAGACUGUAGAGAAUGAAGCCUCCCUGCUCUCCUGGCUGAGCUCCAUCGAUACUAAGUACCACAUCUGGAAGAUGGGAGUGGUUCUGACUGACAAUUACUUCCUGUAUCUGAUCUGGUACUCCACCAUGUCCAUUUUCGGACACUUCAACAACUUCUUCUUCGCUGCCCAUCUUCUGGACAUCGCCAUGGUCUUCAAGUCGCUCCAAACCAUCCUGUCUUCUGUCACUCACAACGGCAAGCAGCUUAUGCUGACCGUGGGUCUGCUGGCCGUGGUCGUCUAUCUCUACACCGUGGUGGCCUUCAACUUCUUCAGGAAGUUCUACAACGGGGGGGAUGAGGACGAGCCCGACAUGAAGUGUGACGACAUGUUGACGUGCUACUUGUUCCACAUGUACGUGGGUGUGAGAGCUGGAGGCGGUAUCGGCGACGAGUUGGAGGACCCAGCUGGAGACCCCUACGAGCUUUACCGCAUCAUGUUUGACAUCACCUUCUUCUUCUUCGUCAUCGUCAUCCUGCUCGCCAUCAUUCAGGGUUUGAUCAUUGAUGCCUUUGGAGAGCUAAGAGACCAGCAGGAGCAGGUGAAGGAGGACAUGGAGACUAAGUGCUUCAUCUGUGGCAUCGGGAACGAUUACUUUGACCGGACGCCUCACGGGUUCGAGACCCACACCUUACAAGAACACAACCUCGCGAACUACCUGUUCUUCCUGAUGUACCUGAUCAACAAGGAUGAGACUGAACACACGGGUCAGGAGUCCUAUGUGUGGAAGAUGUACCAGGAGAGAUGCUGGGACUUCUUCCCGACUGGAGACUGCUUCAGGAAGCAGUACGAGGACCAGCUGGGUUAGAGAGGAUCAGCCUCUCUGCUCUCCUCUAACUGAAAGAGACACUGAGCUUGACUUGCCCCUGUUACCAGAACCUGAACACUCGCUGGACUUUCUCUGCUGCCAUGGUGUUGAGAAAAAAAUAGUCAUUCAUUUUGAAUUCACAAAAGAUCAUGUCUAGAAAAAUGAUUUUAAGACGUGCGACUGGACAUUUCGGGUUUGUGCAUCCUCUUCCUUGUUACCGAAAAGUCACUUGCCACGACGCCUCUUUUAUGCAAAUUAUUUUGAUUCACAUUGCCUUUUUCUUGCUUAACCCCAACCUCUUGCACAAUUUGUUGUGUGUAGACAUUUGAUACAUGCGAAGGGUUACAGCAUGACAACUGAAUGUUUGAAUAUGCACAAUUUCUAGAUUACCACCAGGAUGUUUGAGUCACUUGUUACCAAAGCACCUGAAUGGAUGUGUGCUGCUAGUGAUGAUCCUGCUAACAUCAAACCACACAGUGAGUGAGACCUGAUCUGCCUUUUCAAAUCUGUCCGAUGAAACGCUACAGAAGAUGGUUCUUCCAGGACCAGAGACGUCUCACUUAAGAUGUUUUAUCAAGUGCCGACGUGCCUUAAGAGAAACUAUGCAAAAAAACAUUUAUCAUUUUCGUCCCUCCUGACACAAGCAGUGGUUUAGAAUUAGCUCAAGCUAGUUUCGUGGCUUUUAAAACGAUUAAAUUAUUCAGAGAGAACAUUUAUUGUAUGAAAUUUAGAUCAUCCUUGUGUAAAUGUUGCUUGGUUUGAUUUCUAAGUGGUGGUGUCCUGCCCUCUUACAGUAGAAGGGCCCCAAAAAGAGAAAAAACAAAAAAAACUAAUCUUGGUUCAAGUAUUUAUUGACGACUAAACAGUUCACUGCUAUUGUAAUGACAUUUCUAUGUAUGUAGUAGCUUUGGUAAUCUGCAUUUCUUUUGAUGAGGGGGAGGAAAUGAAUAAAGAAGUUGACGCAAUAAAGCCCCGUGUCCCAUC